AUGGGGCGCGCGUUCGUGUACGUCGUCCUUGGCGGCGGCGUGGCCGCGGGCUACGCGGCGCUCGAGUUCGCCCGCCGCGGCGGCUACUCCCGCGGCGAGCUCUGCAUCAUCUCCGAAGAGGCCAUGUCAAAAGGUGGUGGCAAACCAGGGGGGGCGGGGGAAUUAAAAACAAACAGGGAUGAUAUGUUGUUGUUUUUUGCUUGUGGAACAAUUAUCACUCAGUUCAUGCCCUGUGAUUCUAUCAUUGAACGUGUAUUUCUCUUGAUGAUCUCUUUCGUAUCUUGCCAGGUCGCUCCUUAUGAACGCCCUGCAUUAAGCAAAGGCUAUUUACUCCCAGAAGAUCCUUCUCGUCUUCCAAAAUUCCAUACUUGUGUUGGAGCUAAUGAUGAGUUACUGACGACUAAAUGGUACAAGGAACAAGGUAUUGAACUUGUUCUUGGAACAAGAGUGAUAUCUGCUGAUGUGAGACGGAAGACAUUGCUUACAGCCACUGGAGAAACUAUCAGCUAUAAGACACUUAUAAUUGCAACAGGUGCUCGGGCUUUGAAGCUGGAAGAGUUUGGAAUAAGCGGUUCAGAUGCUGCAAACAUAUGUUAUUUGCGCAAUCUUGAAGACGCAGAUAAAUUAGUGAAUGCGAUGAGCUCAUGUUCUGGUGGAAAUGCUGUUGUCAUCGGUGGUGGCUACAUAGGAAUGGAAUGUGCAGCAGCAUUGGUUACUAACAAGAUAAAAGUAACCAUGGUCUUCCCUGAAAAACACUGCAUGGGUCGGCUAUUUACAGAAAAAAUUGCAGACUAUUAUGAAAGCUACUACACUUUGAAAGGAGUUACUUUUACCAAAGGAACUGUGCUUACAUCCUUUGAAAAAGACUCAACAGGGAAGGUGACUUCGGUAAUCUUAAGAGAUGGUAACCACCUUCCUGCUGAUAUGGUAGUAGUUGGUAUUGGGAUCCGUGCAAAUACCAGCCUUUUUGAAGGUCAGCUGCUGAUGGAGAAAGGCGGCAUAAAGGUAAACGGGCAAAUGCAAACCAGCGACAGCUCCGUGUAUGCUGUCGGUGAUGUUGCCGCGUUCCCUAUCAAGCUCUUUGACGGUGAUAUCCGACGGCUUGAGCAUGUUGACUCGGCUCGUAGAACCGCCAGGCAUGCUGUCGCGGCCAUCCUGGAGCCUUCCAAAACCAGGGACGUCGAUUACCUGCCAUUCUUCUACUCCAGAGUCUUCACACUGUCCUGGCAGUUCUACGGAGACAAUGUCGGAGAAGUAAUUCACUACGGCGACUUCACGAGCAACAGCCCGAGGUUCGGCGCAUACUGGGUCAGUAAGGGCCAGAUCACGGGUGCGUUCCUGGAAGGUGGGAACCGAGACGACUACGAGGCGUUAUCGAUGGUUGUCCGGCGUAAAACCAAGGUCUUAGACAUGCCUGAACUUGAAAGACAAGGCCUGGCGUUUGCCAUCCAGGAAAGCAAGAAAGACGUGCCUGACAGCGGGGUUACCCUCGGCGAGAAGCCCACUUUCGUGUGGUAUGCGACGGCGGGGGUUGUUGCGGCAGUGUCGAUCUCCGCAUUCGGUUAUUGGUACGGCAGGAAGCGCCGCAGGUGGUGA